AUGUUCCUCCAUGUUGUUGGCCAUAACCAGAGGUUCAGGGUCAUUCACAACACGUUCAGGAGAUCAAUGGGGACCAUCUCUAGGUACUUCAAGCAGGUGCUUUUUGCUAUUGGGGAGCUUAGAGGAGAGAUGAUCAGGAGACCAUCUGGUCAGACUCCACCCAAGAUUCACGGAAGCCCAAGGUGGUAUCCAUACUUCGAGUGGGGCUUUGAUGAACAUGUGCCUGAGGAGGAAGAGGUCGAGCCUGACGAUGUUGUUAGCUCCGGCCUUGGUGUGGAGGCAUUUGACAAUGACGCUUGGAAGAACAAAAGGUUGGAGUGGGCAGAGGGAGUUCCGUACCCUUCGCGCGUUGAAUUUUGUGGAGAUUCUUACUCAUCACGAAGAAGGGAAUGGACUGAUGUAAGAAUUGUGAGAAGACUGCAAGGAUCGCGUCACCAAGAGAGGCUUGCUGCUCGUAAUCAUUUCAGAGCGAUGCGUGAUAGUCAGCGAGCGGGCGGAAGCAAGCCUACCCCCCUAUUCAGGCUUGCAAUGGAUAACCUAAGGGAUGCGGAGCUUGUAGAGGAGUGUAUCAGAGAUUGUGAUACUCCAGAAUAUCUUACUUGUCCAUUGUUGGGCGAGCUUAUGAUUGACCCGGUGACAAUUGCCACGGGGAAGACAUUUGACCGACAGUACCUCAAGGAUUGGUUUGAGAAGAACGGGCAUAUCUGUCCUGUGACCGGCCAGCCUGUUUCAGGUGCCAUUGUCCGAAACGGGCGUAUCCGAGGGUAUUUGUACGAGUGGGAAGAAUCCAAGAUGGAGCGGAUCACCAAGAUCAUUACAGUCUCUUGUGCCUAA